AUGUCUCGUCGGAGCAGUCAGGGGUACGACAUCUCUGUUAAUAACACGAAUCAUCCAAACUGGACGCCACCUCUGGUCGUUAAUCCCGAAACAUCAAUGUCUAAUGGUGAAAUGUCUAUAGCGCCCACGCGGUCCAUGGACUUAAACAUGCUGCAACCACACUUACCCUCCCCUCCCAUUCGGAAUCCCGUAGAGCAUAACAAUAUGCAUGGCAGCAAGGUCGCUAUACCCCGCAUCACCGGGCCGAAUAUCAAUCGGGGACGUCGACGCUCAGCUCGAGCCUGUGAAGCGUGCCGACAACGAAAAAUCAAGUGCGACGGGGUAAAGCCAACAUGUGGACAAUGUAACUACCACAACAACCAAUGCUCCUAUGAAGAUGUCAAGCGGGUGAGAGAACAGAAGGAGUUACAGCUUCUCGGACAUCGUGUGGAGCAUUAUGAGCACCUGCUGCGCAGCUUGGAAACAGAAGUGGAACCGCACACAGCACGCAAAAUUCGAAAAACGCUGAAGUGUAAAGGCGCCAACAAGUUCGACACCGGCAAUGAUGGCGAGGACUCGGAUUCUUCUGUUGGAUCUCUCGAGGAUAUCGAUGAGGUGGAUGAAGAUUUGAACCGCGAUGAGAAUACUCGAGCGGCUGGCUUCUUUGGCAAGAAUUCCGAGAUCUCGUGGAUGCAACGUCUGGAGCAUAAUGUCGAUCGCGACUCUACUCUAUCCCUUUCUCCCAUCACGCCGUUUUAUUCGAGUGACGCCCAAUCCUCUUCCCACCGGAAGCGGUCUCGCGAUGUUUCCAUCCACAUUAUGAACUAUCAUUUGGACGACCUGGCCAUCCCACCGCUCGACGACGCCGACCCCUUCGCCGUGCCGCCCCGUGCCCUCGCCGACGAAUACUUCAAUACCUACCUGACUUUUGUUCACCCAUCCUUCCCAGCGAUUCGAAGAACGACGUAUGUCGCCCAGUAUCGGCAGUUUUAUGACAUCCCAUCCAACCCACCUCGAAAAUGGCUCGGAAUUCUCAAUAUGAUUUUCGCCAUCGGAUGCCACUAUGCUCAGCUCGCUGAGCCCAAUGCUAGUCGCCAAGAGGAUGACUCAGUUUACUUAGCCCGAGCACGGAAAUUGGUUUUCGACGAGAAUAUUCUGUUUGACCACCCAGAUUUGCAGCAAACUCAGCUUGAGCUUCUGAUGGCCUUGUACCUUCUGUGCCUGGGACAGAUCAACCGAUCAUCCAAGUUUUCCAACAUGGCACUACACUCUGCGCUCUCGCUUGGCAUCAAUCUUCGCAAUACUGACGGUCGCAUUCACGAUGGAGCCAAGGAGGCCCGUGGUAGAUUAUGGUGGUCCAUCUAUUCGCUGGAACACCUACUCAUCUCAAUGAAUGGCCGAGCCUCCUGUGUGGGCGAUAGCCUUUGCUCUGUACCACUCCCGAUGCCAGCUGAGGAAGAGGCAUUCGAUGAUCCCGAGGUCCAGCUGCUAGUUCAGAACUCAACACGCCGUGAGAAUCAACUCAGGCCCACCCUCUUGGAAAAACAGACGCAGCGCAAACAGUCGGCUGCUUGGAUUGCAUCCCGCGAUCCAUCGCCGUCGCUCUUCUUCCAUCAUCUCGUCGAUCUGACUCUCAUCUCGCAAGCCGUUCUUGGCAAGGUCUAUAGCAUUGAGGGCAUCCGUGAAAGCGCCAGUCAGACGGAAUUUCGAAUUCAAAGUUACAGUCGGAACUUCGAUCGCUGGGUUUCUAAACUCACCCCCAGCUACCAGUUCAGUCUCCCAGACACUGGGUACUGGAAAGUCAAUCCCAACCUGGAUGAUGAUUCUCUUCCAUGCACACGGGAAAGAGUCUGCCUGGCGAUGAAUUACUACUCUGCAAGAAUCACUCUCUGCAGACCGUGUCUUACCCAAUCAUCGAGUACACCACCCAACGCCAGUCCUAACCCUGCAAACCCACAACAAUCACAACCAUCCGCACGCGCCAAACUCCGCGCAGAAAUGGCAACAAACUGCCUCCAAGCCGCAUGCUCCCUCAUCUCAAUCUUGCCAGAUACCCCCGAACUCUCCUGGAUUGCCCACAAGACACCCUGGUGGAGCGUCCUGCAUUUCCUCAUGCAAUCCACGACCGCCCUCCUCCUCGGACUAUCCUAUUGUUCCUUCUCAUCCCCUCCGAUGAAUGUCAGUGUCGAUAACUCGGAAAAAUCGACAUCGCAGUCCUCAAACACCACCCCAUCUUGGACCCCGCCCCGUCCACUCCUGGAGGCGGAUCUAAACAUCGCAGUUGCGGGGACUAAGAAGGCUCUCAUGUGGAUUCACACAAUGGCUGAGAUGGACCCUGCGGCCUGUCGUGCGUUUAAGCUUUGUGAUGGACUGGUGCAGAAAAUUGCGCCGGGAUUGGCUCUCGACUUGUCGGAUUGGCCCAGUGCGGAGACGCUUCCUGGUGGUGAUAUUCAUAUGGAUGAACGACUGACGAGAUUGGAUGAUUUGGUGGAUUUUGAGGGUGGUGCUGGGGAGGGUUACUUUGAUUAA